AUGUCUCUAUCUUAUGCAGAGCCAACGGCGAAGCAUGCGCGUGCAUUAGCAUCCAAAGCAGUAGAAUUUGAGCUGAAGAAAAAUUGGACGGAGGCACUCGAUACUUAUCUCGCCGCACGCUUGCUAGAGAGAGCCGAAAAGGUCAAGGAAAAAAUACAAGUGGAUCAAUUAGAGUGGGAUUUGUGGACGAAUGACCCGCAAAAUGCAGAAUUUGAGACGUCAGGCGAAUUUACGGAAGAUGUCUGCGUUCGCCCAGCUCUCUCAACACAACACCGGCAAUUGGGAGGUCGUAUGCGGAGAGCGACAAGUAUUCCAUACUACAUACCCGAGGCACAGCUCCGUGGUGGUGACAUCCAGCAGGGUUCUGUGACAGACUGCUCCUUCGUCGCUGCCUUGGAAGUUACCCUGGAGCACGACGCCGUGUUUGGCACGGAUCUAUCUCAUCGCCCACUAUACCCAAAGUCCCAAAAUGGCCUUCCAACGACAUCCAUGAACCACAAGUAUGUGGUGAAAAUGCAUUGUGGCGGCCGGCCGCGCAGGAUUGUCUUGGAUGAUACGCUUCCUCUUUCUGAAAACCAUGAUCUUCUCUGUGUACGCCCAUGCAAAUCGCCGCAGCUGUGGCUUGGGCUGAUUGAGAAAGCCUUUCUUAUGGCGCGCUUUAGCAGCUACGAAUUUCAUGGUUCCGAUGCAUCGACCGAUCUUUAUAUGUUGACGGGAUGGAUCCCAGAACAUAUGCCGCUGUCUGAUUCACACUUCCAACGCGAAAAGACGUGGUCGCGUCUCUGGACUGCAUGGAAAUCAGGAAACUGUCUCCUGACACUAGGCACGGGUACAUCAUGCGAGGACAAAAGGUUGAUUCCCUUGCACUGCUACGGGAUCACUGCUCUCAAAGAGUGCGAGGGCGAGAGAAUCGUGUCCAUUGUGAAUCCCUGGAAGCAUUUGGACUCGAGCGAGUGUUCCAUAUUUCACAUGUCUUGGGAUACCAUGUGUCGUUCCUUUGAGAUGUUGUGUGUUAACUGGAAUCCUGCAUUGUUUUCUCACAAAUUCACGCUCGAUGCAGCUUGGGAUGCGACAGGCUUUACUGUGCGUUUGGAUGAAAACCAUAUGGCACAAACAGACCAGUACCACAUUUUUUUGGACUGUGAUACCCCUCAGCCUGUUUGGAUUCAUCUCGAGCGGCACCUGAAACGUCAUUCGCUCGACGAACAAGAGAACGAGUUUAUUGCCUUGCAUGCAUUUCCUAGUCAUGGAUCACAGCGUCGCAUGGACAUGACACGGGGCGGUCUUAUGGGUAUCUAUGUGAGUGUGAACCACACUUUGAUGCAAUUAGAUGCAUCACGGGAUGCUUCCUACACGGUUGAGGUGUCACGUCACGGCACCUCUAAUUGCAUUUCAUAUACACUUUCUGCCUAUGCAUCAUGUCCCAUCCAUUUAAAUCACUCGCCUUAUACGCUUCCUCAUCGCGCUGUCAUGAAGGGAGCCUGGCGUGGUCUCACUGUCGGAGGGCCCAUCACUUCACCACAUUUUCGACACAACCCACAGUUCCGAAUUGUGGUGCAUGAAGGCACACUACUUCCACGGGUUUUAGCCAUUCUGAUGACUACCUCAAAACUUCAUGUACAUGCGUCACUUCUUCGUGGCGGUGAACGAGUGUCGUACGCCACAGGACCCUUGGUCAUCGCUUCCAGUGAGGCAUAUACCCGCGGAAUGACUUUAUGCGAUGCAUCCGUCAUCCAGCCUGGUACUUAUACACUGGUGGUAUCGUCAUUUGAGGCAUUGGCUUCUGAAUUUACCCUCGUCAUCGAGAGUAACGUCCGUGUGUGUGUACAGCCUAUUCCAGCGGAAGGCGCGGGACAAUACCAUCGGGCAUUGCAUGCAUCUCUUCCAUGCAUUUGGGAAGUGGAAUUGCCGCGCCCCAUGCCAAUUACGCUUUGUGCUUCUCAAGCGCGACCGGCCAUGCCCGAGCAACCGCUUCAUGUGGAAUUAUGGCAGAACACCACGUGUGUGGCCGCCUCCGAAGCUCUGCUCGAUGCUACCUGUGCGAUGCUUACUAUUCCUCACGCGCUCGAGGCUGGGUCCUAUAUAGCCCGUGUACAGGGCUCGCAUGAUACACCUGUAUAUUUGGAUGUAUACGGUGUGCAGCCUGUGACACUCUCUGUACUUAACCCGUAG